CUCCACCUACUUAGGGCAACAUGGAAAUGUCCCCAUUCAAAUAUUGUCCCUUUGAUAAUUUGGUCCAAUCACAAAUGCCAAACACAUUUCGCUUAUCUUCUUCCACUAUGGUUAACGAUAGGUAUCAGUGAUCUGCUCGUGCGAAAGCUACAUAAGUAUUUUCGCAUCACUGCUGGCCUACAUAGGUACCUAGUCUUCGAAGUUCGAACAGCUAGGCGUCGAUGAUUCUAUAGGUUCAAUGUUAUGUACGAAUCUCUCGCUCAUAGCCCCAACCAUUCUCACCUCCUCACUUCAAGUGCCUCACAUUCUCGCACAAAACAAAACAAAACAAUUCAGUCACAACACUUUUAAUUUACCAAACUACUUUGCUAUUUUCAAUAUGGAUUUCGUAAACAAGCUCACUGGUGGCUCCAAAGAGGGCCAAGAACAGAAGCAGCAGGGAACUGAAGAGCAGAAAUCAAGUGGUGGUUUCAUGGACAAGAUCAACGCGAUGGCGGGAGGGGGUAAGGAAAGUGAGAAAAAUGAGGAUGCAAUUGACAAAGGUCUUGAUUGGGUUCAAGAGAAUAUACUAGGCCAAGGGGACCAAAGCAACGAGAGUGCUGUUGAACAAGCUAAGGACGAGCAGAUCUCCGAUUUCAUCCGUGCUCAAUAUAAGAAGACGACGGGCUCUGAAGUACCAAUCCAAGACAAGUGAAACUUCUAGACAUACAUGUACCCUAUCUCCCUAGGUAGUCUGCUGCAAUGGAGCACGGAGCAAACUCAAC